GACAGGGGGAUCCUAUAUCCCCUCUGCUUUUCACGUUGGUUAUGAAGUACCUUACUAGAACAUUGAAGUAUUAUGCUGGGAAGAGCAGAUUCCAGUAUCAUCCUAUGUGUAAAGGGCUGAAUAUCAUCAACCUGGCUUUUGCUGAUGACCUUAUUAUAGCUUGCAAAGCUGAUAGGGUAUCUGUUAAAACAAUCAUUCAAUGUCUUGCCCAUUUUAAAUCAGUAACUGGCCUGGAAGUAAACUAUUCUAAAUCUCAGAUGGUUCUGGGAGGUGUGAAUGACCAUGAGGGUGAGGAAUUAUUGAAGGAGGCUAAAAUGAGCAGAGGUAAACUCCCAUUUAAAUAUCUUGGGGGACCUAUUACAGCAAGCAGAAUUUCAGAAAGGGAUUGUGAAGCUCUGGUCCAAAAGCUAACAACUCAAAUAACAGUUUGGGCAACUAAACACCUAUCUUAUGCAGGAAGAUGCAGGCUGAUUAAUUCAGUACUGAUGGGGAUUAUUUCCUUCUGGUGCAGACUUUUCAUUAUCCCUACAAUGGUAAUGAAAAAAAUCCAUAGUAUUUGUAGAAACUUUCUUUGGAGCUCAAAAGCUGAUAAUGGAAAAGUCCCAUCUGUAGCCUGGGAAGAUGUUUGCAAACCUAAGAAGGAAGGAGGCCUGGGGAUCAAGAACUUGGUGAACUGGAAUAAAGCAUGUGGCCAGGGACUCCUGUGGGACAUAGCUCAAAAGAAAGACAUCCUCUGGGUCAAAUGGAUCCAUAACAAAUAUCUUAAAAGAGAUUCAAUAUGGGACAUCUCACCCAAAUCUGGAAUGUGUUUCUAUUUGAGGAAACUCUUACUCAAUAGAGAUAUGUUUGCUGGGAUGAGUAAUCUAGAGAGCUAUGAAGUUCAGAAAGGGUAUGAUUGGCUACAGGGCGGAGGCACAGAUUUCCAGGCAUAUCCCAUUGUCUGGAAUAAACUGACUAUGCCUAAACACCAAUUUCUGAUGUGGCUUGCUUGGAGAAAUAGAAUCAAUACUAAGGUAAGGCUGAAGAGAUUCAUGGAAAUAGACACUGUCUGUGUGUUAUGCCACAAGGGGGAUGAAGAUAAAGAACACCUGUUCUACAAAUGUGAUUAUACUAGAGAAAUAAUGGAUGAUAUUGGCCACUGGUUAAAGUUCAGAUGGAAGGCCGCCAGUGAUGGGGAUCUGCAAGAAGAAUUCAAAAGAGUUAAAGGGAGGAGAAGGAGACAGACUAUUAUGGCUGGUUUUGCUGCUAUCUGCUAUGCAGUUUGGAGAGCACGAAAUCUCAAGAUCCAUCAACAGAGAAGUGUUGCAGCUGGGGAAAGCAAGGAAUGGAUAAAAACUCAUCUGAAAUCCUUUAUUAACUUUAAGCUCAGGAGAAUGUAUUUGUGUCAAACUUUUGUUUGUGUUGGUGGUUUUAUUUUCAAUCUGUUGAUGUACUGUUGAAGUACGUUUGAGGUGAAUAAAGUUGUGCUUUUGUUCAAAAAAAAAGAUAAAUAUGUGAGCACCUGAAUCCCUGUUAAAUCGUAUACGGGGGUAUUAUUAUAAUGCUACUAUGGGUAAUAAAAUCAAGAUUAUUAUGACUACAUUUAUUUACAUCCUAAUAAUUAAUUGCGAGAACAACGAAAUGCACGAGCUCUUUUGGGGUUCAUUUUUCACAUGGAAACAAGAAAUCAUAAAUACUACGGAGUACGUAAUUUUUUAAUACAAAUCGUCAAUAGUGAAAUCCACACCAUGCAAAAUCAAAUCAAAGCUGAGCACAUAG